CGGAAUCGCAUAAGCGAUUUUCUGCAAUGCAGUAGGAAUACUCUCUGAAAAAAAGGAUAGGCAAAUAUGAAUAAGUAGCGUCCUCUACUGGUCAAAAAAUGUCCGAAGAUCCUGGAGAUGGAGAUCAGAUGAGUAGAAGUAGGCAACCUAUAACGUAAACAAAUACAUGCUCGCCGAACUUUAUCAUACUUAAUACUCACCGGAUUUAUUUGCUUAUUUGUGAAAAAAUUGAGAGAUAAACUAUAAUAAAACAUGAUGUCUUAAUUAGGCCGAAGAAUGCAUAAACUAACCAUGUUUGUGUAAAGAAUAGUUUUUAAGAAAUUGUUUUUGAUUUGCAACUUCUUGAAUCAAAUUUAUAAGCCUGCGUAUUCAUGGUAGUAUGAAUUGUAUUAUUAAACAGUUAUAAAUGAAAUUUCAGAUUACUGAUUACAGUUGCAGAUAAUUAAGCUGUGUGUCACUUACGUAAAACAUGUAUUUAAACUCAAGAAAUUUAAAUUGUGAUUUUUCUGUUAACACUGAGAAAAUAUUUUCUGUAUUCAGUUUGUGCAAUUUAAUACUCGUGAAUAAAAUUAAACUUUGUUGACUUUCUCGUAAUCAUGUUAACGUAUAAGAGCUUGCUUUUCAGGUGCAUGAUAAAACAUUGAUAUAAAAAUUGAAAAUUAAUUUUUUUUUGAAAAAUAUUUUUAUAGAUAAUUUCAAACCUUAUAAGUCGGUGAAAGUGAAAAAAAACUUUUUUUGCCUUUCUUGGUUUAUAAUGAACUAUAUUUCUGCAAUGUCUUUGUGAAUAAUAUGCUAAUGAAAUCAAAUUUUAUAAUUUCAUGUUCAUAAUAGUUAUUAUCAUGUUAAUAUCGUAAAGUAAAAUAAUUACAUUUAGUUUUGUAUCUUGGUAUUUUCGCCUAAAGAGAAUUAAGUCAAUUAAGUGACUUGAUACAGCAUGCUCUUUUUUGCAUCACAUGUUUUUAAAGGCUUAAUUUAAUUCAGAAUAAGUAUCAUUCUGUAAGUAAACCUUAUUCUUGUUCUAACAAGAGGUUUUCAGGAAAAAAGUGCGACUAAACACUGUAAAAUUAAUACUGGUGAGAAGCCUUUCUCUUGUAGUAUAGAUAAUAAGAUAUUCUCAAUGAAUGAUUAUGAAUAAACACAGUUUUGUUCAUACUGGUGAUAGGCCUUAUUCUUGUAGUAUAUGUAAAAAGAGUUUUUCACAAAAAGCAAAUCUGACACAACACAGUCUUGUUCAUUCUGGUGACAAGCCUUAUUCUUGUAGUGAAUGUAAUAAGAAUUUUUCACUAAAAAGUCAUUUGAUCAGACACAGUCGUGUUCAUACUGGUGAGAAGCCGUAUUCUUGUAGUAUAUGUUAUAAGAGUUUUUCACAAAAAAGUGUUCUCACUACACAUGGUCGUCUUCAUACCAGUGAGAAACCUUAUUCUUGCAGUAAAUGUAAUAAGAGUUUUUUACAUAAAAGUAAUCUGACCAGUCACAGUCGUGUUCAUACAGGUGAGAAGCCUUAUUCUUGUAGUAUAUGUAAUAAGAGUUUUUCACAAAAAGGUAUUCUGUCACGCCACUGUCUCGUUCAUACUGGUGAGAAGCCUUAUUCUUGUAGCAUAUGUAAUCAAAAUUUUUCAGUAAAAACAAAUUUGACCAAACACAGGCGUGUUCAUACUCGGGAGAAACCUUUUUCUUGUUGUAUAUGUAAUAAGAGUCAUUCACAAAAAAGUAGUCUGACAAGUCACAGUCGUGUUCAUACUGGUGAGAAGCCUUAUUCUUGUAGUAUAUGUAAUAAGAGUUAUUCACGAAAAAGUAGUCUGACAAGUCACAGUCGUGUUCAUACUGGUGAGAAACCUUAUUCUUGUAUUAUUUGUAAUUUAAGUUUUUCAGANCACUUUGAAAAAAGAAGGAGUCUGAAUAAACACAGUCGUGUUCAUACUGGUGAGAAGCCUUAUUCUUGUAGUAUAUAA